GAUGGUACGGCGGCGGCGGUGGCGGCAUCUUAACUGCGCGUCCGCCCCUUCCUGUCCCCCAGCUCGGCCGCGGACACGCGUUGUUUAUUUGAAUAGGCCAUUCGAAAAUAUUUGUUAAUUGACCGCCGUUGUUAUUCGAUCAAUUUGUAAGUACUAGAGACAUGAAGUGGCUGCCGGUGGUUCUGUUUUUCGUCACGAACAUCUACGCAAAUAACCUCAAGGUUACAAUUUUAUACGAGUCCUUAUGUCCAGACAGUGUAAACUUUUUGAAAAAUCAAUUUUACCCAACAUACAACAUCCUAAAGGAAAAACUUGAUGUCGAAUUAGUACCCUUCGGAAAAGCGAAUGCUACUAAAAUAAACAACACUUGGUACUUCCAUUGCCAACACAAAGAGGCCGAAUGUUAUGGUAAUAAAGUCCAAUCCUGCGCCAUAGAUUUAACGCCUAAAAAUGUUAGCGUGGAAUUCGUAAUGUGCGCUAUGAAGUCAGGAGAUGCCAGCGACGACACCAUUUUGAAACAGUGUGCAGGUGAUAGCAAUGUAACAUGGUCAGAUAUCGAAAAUUGCUUAAAUUCCGGCAAAGGAGAUGCCCUGUUAGCCAAAAACGGGGAAAAAACUAAUGAAUUGAGACCAAACAUACCGAUGGUACCAACGAUUAUUCUCAACGGCGUUUAUAGUGAGGCAGUGCAGAAUUUGGCUUUGAAAAAUUUUCAGGAUCUCGCCGCGCUAAUACUAGAAGAACAAAAAAGCGGAGGCGAUAGUUCAAUCGAUUUUUCGAAAAAAAUAGUAUUCUUUGCUAUGGGGCUCUACAUAUUACUUGUAGUAUAGUUGUACUACAUUUCAUUAGAACAAUAAAUAUGUAAGCACAUUUCGUUGGUAAUAAAGCAAUGUAUUCGAAA